AUGGAGGAUCUGUCAGAGAUGUGUCGCACUGUCCGCUCGAGAGCAAAAGAGGCAGUAGCUAAGGUCAAGGUGUUCCAAGCCUCCUUUUCAAGCUAUCGCUUUCUAUGGACUGACGACAGAUUUGAGUUUAUGAGGCAAUUCCUUUUAUACGGCCAUGUUUUGAGUACAGAGGAAGCAGAGCUGUACGCAGACUUUGAGCUGAAAAAGAAUCCUCCCACACUAGACAACUUUAAAGAGCAAAUCAAUCAGUUUGAGUCUCUGUACACACGAGUGAGCAAGAUGGACGAUAAGAGGGUGUUUUGCGGCUGGCUGCAACUGGACAUCAAACCCUUUAAGCACAGUUUGAUGAAUGACAUAAAGAAGUGGAGCUGGAUGUUCAAAGAGCACCUCCUCAACCAUGUGAACAAAAGCGUUACAGAGUUGUCCAGUUUCAUCGAUGCCACAACAGAUGGUCUCUCUACCAAUGUAUCUGACACAGACUAUGCAGGACUUGUGAAGAUCAUGGGCCAUCUCAGGGCCAUUCGAGACAGAAAGAUCAGCAGCGAUCGACACUUCAAACCACUCAAGUCGACUGCUGAGCUCCUCAAAACCUAUGGACAGCAGCUUCCAGAAAAUGUUUACACACAGCUAGAGGAGCUGCCUGAGAAAUGGAUAAACCUGAAAAAAAUCGCCUUCACCGUCAAACUUGAAGUGGCACCACUGCAGUCAAAUGAGGUUUCAGUUAUACGCAGGAUGUGCGUCCACUUUGAGGUCAAGCAGCAUGAGUUCAGAGAAAAAUUCCGCUCUGAAUCAAUAUUUAAGCUUAAUGUCGAGGAACCAUAUGAACUUCUAGAUAAGUGCAAUCAGUCCAUAACACUGAUGGAGAUGGAGAUGAAGAAGCUGCAGAACACGGCGGAUCUGUUUGAGGUCAGCUUCCCUGAGUACAAGCAGCUGCGCCAGUGUCGCUCAGACAUCAUACUCGUGAAGAAUGUCUGGGACAUGGUCAUCUUUGUGAAGACAAGUAUUGAGGACUGGACCAAAACUCCAUGGAAGGAAAUCAAUGUUGAGCAGAUGGACAUGGAGCUUCGACGGUUUGCCAAAGAGAUGAAGAUGCUGGAUAAAGAAGCUCGGGCUUGGGACGUUUAUACAGGCCUGGAGUCAACUGUAAAAAACCUGUUAACUUCCCUGAGAGCCGUCAACGAGCUGCAAAACCCAGCAAUCAGGGAGAGACACUGGCAACAGCUUAUGACUAAAACAAAAGUGCGACAUUUUGUUUACUCUGUAGUUUAGACCCACUGUACUGUUUGUAGCUCAUGUAUCUUAAUG